UGCUAAACCCUAGAAAUUCAAUUUCUCAAACCUAGAAAUUAAUCUCUCUCUCUCUCUCUCUCACAAACACACGCUUUUUUAUCUCUACAAGUGGUGUUGAGGUGAAUAUAGAGAUUCCUCUGGAAAAUGGUUUGAAGAAUCAAUGGUUAAAAGCAUAAGCACUGAGCCUGACUUUUUGUUCUUCAGUUGUGGACUCCGAGAGACUCGGGGCGGCAAAAGAGGAAUUUGAGAGCGUUUUCCAGAAAUGGCAACACUUGAAGAAGCUAAGAUGAGGGGAACAAACCUAGCGGAGGAUGCUGUUGUUGGCGAACCAGCUGAGUCUGAAACCCUAAUGGCCGGUUCAGCCGAGGGUCAGACAGGUUCAAAGCCUGGACCGGAUGAAAAUGGUGUUAGGGUUUCUGUCGGCAACAAGGAGGGUUUGAAUGGAGACAUUGUCAGUGGUGAUGGUAGUGUUGUAGUUGUUACAAGGCGAGUUGUUGAGACCGACAGAAUUUCAGUGGAGACUAGUUUUGGGAGGCAAAGUAGAGGGCUUUUUGGUGGUGGAGAAGAGACUUUGAAAGGGUUGGAUUCUGUUUCUGAAGUUGAGAAAAAUGAGGGUCAGAAGAUUGGGGUUGGUGGGGAUUCGAGUGUUUUUACUGGGGUUGGUUCUGAUAGGAAGUUGGAGUUCUGUAAUGGGAAUGGGAUCUCUCUUCUUUUGGAAGUUCAUGGCUCUUUGGAGAGUGUAAAUUGUGAUAGUGAGAAAAAAUGUGGAUAUGGAGACGGUAAAGGUCUUUUGCCUCAAAAUGGGGAAAACCCAGGGGAGAAAAUUGGUGAAAGAUCCAGGAAAAAAUAUAUGAAGGGUAAAGGAGGGGAGAAAGAGGAAGAUGGGGAAGUUGUGAAUCAGGAUAAUAAAGAAGAGGAUGAGGACAAUGGUGGGGAAGGUGUGGGUGCUCAAGAGCAUGUCUAUUCUGUUGGUGAUUUAGUGUGGGGUAAAAUUAGGAGUCACCCAUGGUGGCCUGGACAGAUCUAUAAUCCUUUUGAUGCAUCAGAGAAUGCUAAUAAAUUAAAGCAGAAGGAUCGACUCCUCGUGGCAUACUUUGGGGAUAGCUCUUUUUCUUGGUGCUCCCCAUCUCAGUUAAAGCCCUUUGUGGAGAAUUUCAAAGAAAUGUCAAAGCAAAGCAAUUCUAAUAGCUUUGUCAAUGCUGUUCAGAAGGCUUUGGAAGAGAUGGGUAGAGUUGUGGAGUUGGGGAUGACUUGCUCAUGUGUACCUGACAAGGAUCUGAUUGGACUCACCAGGUCCGUGACAGUGAAUGCUGGAAUUAGAACAGGAGUUCUUGUGCCUCAGGGAGAUACCGGUAAACUUUCAAGUUCUUGGCUUGAACCGGUAGAGUUAAUUGCAAAUAUCAGAUAUCUUGCUGUGGCAUUUUCUGUUACCUGUAAGCUUGAGCUGACACUGUUGAAGAGUUUACUUUCUGCCUUUUAUCGUGCAAAAGGGGUUUACUCAUUACCUGUCUACUAUGAACCUCAAGCUAUUGAAGGCCUUGACGACAAUAGUGGAAAUGGGGUAUUAGCGAUGAAUGAGGUUAGAGAUCCCAUGCAGGGCCCGAUUGAAGAAGACUGGCUUUCUUCCCCAGUAUGCCGGGCAGAGUACCAUGAGAUUUCAGAGGAUAAGCUGUAUCGAAGAAGGAAGCAGAAAAGUGUGGCUGAACUUAUGAAAGAGGAUAUGACUACUGAGCCCAAAGAUAAGAAGUGGAGUAUGACUAAAGAUGGGACACACCCUGGCAAGGCAAUGUCUGGGAAGAAAAGGGCAAAGAUGGGAGGCACUGAUAAAGCUGAGAGUCAUGGUGCCGGUGGUCUUACUUCUUCUGGGAGGAAAAGGGGGAUGAAGAUGGAUGAGAUUUAUGAAUCUUCUCAAGGGAAAGAGGACAAGGUUUGCAGUGUUGAAAAUGGUGGUUGGGAUGAGAAAGAAGAUAAGGAAAGCCUUGUGGCUAGGGGAAGGAAGAGAAACGGAGUUUCUGGUGUUGAAAAUGUUGACAGAGACACCAAAGAGGAAACCAAGAACAUAUCCUCCCCAAGGGAAAGGAAGAAAAGUAAGUACUUGACCUCUCCCUUCACAAGUCCAAUUUGGAGGGUGAGAAACUCAAGCUUUAAGCGAGUGUCAGAGAUAGAAGCUGAGGGAAUUGCCAAGAUUGCUAGGAUGGGGGAGCGGAUGACAAAGGCUGCUGGACAACUAACCGGGUCACCCCCAAUUGUGAAGUGCAGUGAUGAGAAAUUUCAGAAGAAACAGUCUAAAGAACUCAGUGAUGGGUGUGACACAUCUGGUAGCUCAUGUCCUCAGACUACUGAACAAGAUCAAGAUCAAGAACAAGAACCGAAGAAGAUUACCUUCCCCAUUGAUGGCAAUGCAUCUGUCACCAAAAUGCUGUUUUUAGUCCGGUCUGUAGCUGUUAAUUCUCUACAUUUGAGGGACAAGAGAUCACUUGCUACGAUCACUGGGUUUGUUUCUACAUUCAGAAGUUCAGUUUAUCUGAAUGGAUCCAACUACAAAAUCUACCACAAGCGACAACAUGGUAGGAAGCGGAAGUCAUUAAACUCUGAACCAGGGCCACAAGGAGAAGACCUAGACCAUACUGUUUGCGAGUCACCUGAAUCUAAAUCUCUGCGGAGAAGGAAUGAAAAGAAUGAACAACGAAAUUUGUGUGGGCCAAAACUCAAGAAAGCUGCUAAUGUGUCUGGCUUGAAGACAAAUGACAAGGAGGCUGACAAAGAUGCUUCACCUCCUGUAGCCCUUAUGGUGUCAUUUCCUCCUGGGUUUUCUUUGCCAUCGAAGGAUGAUCUUAUCAAAAUAUUUAGCAAGUUUGGUUCUCUGAAUGAAAAGGAAACAGAUAUCUUAUAUAAUUCUUAUUGUGGCCAGGUUGUUUUCUUGAGGACUUCUGAUGCUGAAGAAGCUUUGAGCUUAGUAUUAAAGAACAGCCCCUUCGGAGCUGCCAAUGUUAAUUAUCGGCUCCAGUACCCCUCAGCUGCUUUAAGUGCUCGAAAAGCUUCUAGUCCUCUGAAGAAGACACCUGCGAAUCAAGUUUCUUCUCGGCAAUCUGAUGAUGAUGGGGUGUCACAGGUUGGUUUCAUCAGGCAGAAACUUCAGAUGUUGACAUCUAUGCUGGAAAAUUAUGAUGGUGAAAUUUCGCACGAGAUGAAAUCCAGGUUGGAGGAUGAGAUGAAAUGCCUCUUGGAGAAGGUAAGCACAAUGACAGAGACUACAACAUCCUCCUAGAUAGUGCUGUAUAAAUUAUGGAGCCUCAUGUUCCUAACUUUCUUGAUAUAGUUUUUGGUCCCUUGACUGUUUGGCUCAUGGUGGAUAUAAAUGUUUCUCUAUCCCUUUAGGUUAGCCUGUAUGAAAGUGGGAGGAAGUUAUUUUUCGCUAUAGGAUUAUAUAAUUCGAUAUAGGUUUGUUAGUUCUGUUUUAUUUCUGUAACCAUUAUCAUUUGCUUUCCAGUAACAAUAGCCCAUUACAGAUAGUCUCUCUCUUCUUCCUCUCACACAAUCC